AUGGCGCAAGUGAAGACAAGCUCAACUUCACUGGUGAAGAUGGAAGCUCUAUUAGAGGUGUUCAUGGAGCAAUUCCGCGACCUGGAACAAAACCCGAACCUCAGCGAUACUCGUUUUGUUGUGGUAGGGGAUCUCGCUGAGAUCUCCUACGAACUCAAAAAUGCAAAUCGAUAUCUUGAUCAUAAUGUCGAAAUUAGUGGCACAAUUGUUCUUUUGAUUGAUUAUGAGGAACGUAUCGAUUCAAUCAAAAAUACUCUGAAAGAGAGAUGGCCGAGGUACUUUCAUGUGAUCGACAGUCAGUUGCAUUACGACCCCGUGACAGAAUCUGCCAUGAUCCCCGUAUACUUGAUUCCGCUGGACCGACUGGGUCUUGGGCAGGACUUCGACAGGGAAUGUGGGCUGAAGAACAUCACCGAGGUUGGCAAGAAGGCGCCGAAUUCCGCGGACGGCCAUCACGGAGCAACUACGUACGGCAGUCAGCAGGUCCGGGGUGACCUGGAGCGCGGAGCGCAUCACGGCGGAGCUUCAGGCGUCGAGGGUUCGUCGUCCAGAAGAAUCCCAGAGAAGCCAAGGCCAGAAGUCAGGAUUCGAUGAGACCCCUAGCUUGGAUAAUUCGGAGGACUCGUGUGAUGUGGCAGGACUUUGCUCGUGCCUCCCGUGGCUCGCGCGGCUGUAAGAAUACAGGGGCCGAGAGUUCGGCCGGGAUUGGAUUCGCCCCUCCCCCCCCCUUCCCCGGGUGGGUCCCCCCGUUGAAGAUUGAUAUCAUCCUUUCCGUAAGGGGGCUUGCAUAGUACUCUACAGCCUGACACCCUUGUCAUCCACGCUAGCACCAGAAAGAAAUGAGUUAACACUCAAAUCGCUGCAGUAUAGAAUGCUCAUGAGUUAGAACCAGACCUAAACGAACAGAGACGAAUCGGGUCCAACCACAGAAGACGAACAACAAUUCA